GUGUAGACGUUCCUCCAUCAACAGGCUUUGCUUACUACUACUACUCCUUACACUGGAUAGCAAAGUCAGCCGCCCCCGCCAGACAUGAGCACCCCGAGUAGCGGAGAGAGGACUUGUAGCCGUCUCACUCGCCAACGCUUCAGCUCACCCCUGAUUGAGGUCGUUCUCUGUGUUGUCCAGCCACAAGCGCACCGCCACCGCGUUGCCCUCCCGGCACUGAGUGAAAAUGUCGUCCAUAGCAGCGUCCCGGCACAGAGACCCCGGGACUGGGGAAGCCUCGGGGGACUGAGGGAGAACAGAGACAAGAGAAUGACUCUCUGUGGACGCAAGCGCCGCCAUCUCUUGGCCACAUUACGGGCUCUGGAAGCAGCAUCUCUCUCCCAACAAACCCCCAGCCUACCUGGCAGUGACUCUGAGGAGGAGGAGGAGGUAGGAAGGAAGAAGAGACACCUCCAAAGGCCCUCACUUGCCAGCGUCUCAAAGGAAGUAGGGAAGAAAAGAAAAGGGAAAUGUCAGAAACAGGCGCCAUCCAUCAGUGACUCUGAGGGGAAAGAAAUAAGAAGAAAAUGCCACAGACAAGCUCCUCCUCUUGGUGGGGUCUCUGCUGGAGAAGAAAAAGGAAAGAGAAAAUGCCAGGAAUAUUCCUCUUUACACCUAACCCAGCCCCUGGACAGUGUUGACCAAACAGUUCACAAUUCCAGGACGAGUACUGCUACAAUUGACCCAUCCAAGCCAAGCCCUGAGUCUAUGUCACCUAACUCCUCACACACCCUGAGCCGCAAGCAGUGGCGGAACCGGCAGAAAAAUAAGCGGAGACACAAGAACAAAUUUCGGCCACUCCAGACACCAGAGCAGGCUCCUCCCAAGGCUUCCAUAGAGGAGACUGAGGUGCCUCCUGUCCCAAAGUCAGAUAGUCAAGAGUCUAGAGCUGGAGCCCUGCGAGCACGCAUGACACAACGCCUGGAUGGGGCCCGAUUUCGCUACCUUAAUGAACAGUUGUACUCAGGGCCCAGCAGUGCUGCCCGACGCCUAUUCCAGGAAGACCCUGAGGCUUUUCUCCUUUAUCACCGUGGCUUCCAGAGACAAGUAAAGAAGUGGCCACUGCACCCAGUGGACCGUAUUGCCAAAGAUCUCCGCCAGAAGCCUGCAUCCUUAGUGGUAGCUGACUUUGGCUGUGGAGAUUGCCGCCUAGCUUCAAGUGUCCGGAACCCUGUGCACUGUUUUGAUUUGGCUUCUCUGGACCCCAGGGUCACAGUAUGUGACAUGGCCCAGGUGCCUCUGGAGGAUGAAUCUGUAGAUGUGGCUGUGUUUUGCCUUUCACUGAUGGGAACUAACAUCAGGGACUUCCUUGAGGAGGCAAAUCGAGUGCUAAAAACAGGGGGUCUUCUCAAAGUAGCUGAAGUCAGCAGCCGCUUUGAGGAUAUUCGGACCUUUUUGGGGGCUGUGACCAAACUCGGCUUUAAGAUUAUCUACAAGGACCUGACCAACAGCCACUUCUUCUUGUUUGACUUUGAAAAGACCGGACCUCCUCGAGUAGGACCCAAAGCCCAACUCUCAGGCCUUAAACUUCAGCCCUGUCUCUACAAGCGCAGGUGACCGAUGGACACCCAUUGGAAGGGGAGAGCUCAGACUCCAGUCUCAGAACUCUGAAGACUGUAUCUACCCAGGCUAUGAGCCAGGAUCUGGUACCACCCUCCUUCUGUACCAAGAACACUGUGGUAAAGCCUCCAGCUCAGCUCUACUCUAAUGGAGCCUUCUUGGAUACAGAAAGCAUAAAAUUACUUGGGCAGGCUCAAGAAUGAGGUGUUUAUUGUGAGGGCAUGGAUGUGUCUAAUAAUUGUGGGUCACUUCAGUAUUGUGGAAACUAGUCGGCUGAGAACUGAUGGAUCUCUGGGUUUGCUUUCUCUUCAUCUCUCAGAAGGCACGUGGGCUCUCCGCUGUGUUGUCUUCUGACCAAUAUUGUCCACCUCUGCUCAUCCAUAGUUUCUGCUCCUUCAGCUUCAAGACUACAGACAGGCAGUUUUUGCCUUAUGGCAGGUCCCAAUGCUAGUUUGCCACUUGGGGCUGGGAGUUAUUUAAUUUCUUUGUUUCUUGGAGCUGGGAAUCAUCUAAUUUUUUUCUGUGUUGCUAUUGUUGUUGUUGUUGUUGUUGUUUUGAGACAGUAUCUCACACUAGUCCAAGCUGACCUCAAACAAAACAAAUGGCAAUCCUCCUGCCUCAGCCUCCUGAUUAUUGGGAACACAGGCAUGGGCCACCAUAUUUAGCUGAAGAAAUCAUUUACUUUCUGAAUAUUCUAUUUCUCAUUUGAAAAAUGUAACCUUCUUGUCUUACAGUAUGUUAAAUGGGUUCACUGAGGAAAGCUACAGCUAGAGCUGGGACUAGUAAGAGGUGCUGAAUAAACCAGCUAUGGCUAUGUGUGUCGUUGAUCUCACUGUGUCUGAUCACCCCUACUGCCUUAACGGUUGAGCAAUAAGUAAUGUAGAUGUGACCGAGAAAGACUGGGGGAGUUUGAUAUAGGCAUGUAAACGGGCUUAUUUGCUCUUUAGAGACUUAACGUGUUUGAAGCUUUCCUUGGAAGGGGGUAAUACAGAAGCUGGAAUCUGUUCAACAGCAGAAACUGAUUGGGCUGCUUAUUGGCACAGUCUGUGUGUCCUAGGAAAACUACAGGUACUGAAUAUACAAGUUCUUGGCGUAGUGCUGAGGGAAGGUGAGCUAGGUUGACACACUGAGCUCAUUCAGGAGGCGUCUGCCUUGAAACCAGGCAUAUAGGCUUGUUUACGACUUCCUAAGAAUAAGACCUAGGAGUUUCCUCUAGGAGCAAAUAGGUCUCGGGAUUUUGAACCAGUUAGAUGCCUCCAGGCCUAAAGGAAUAAAGAUUUUGAAAAAGGCC